UAUUUAACGUUGUUUAUUGUAAUUUUAUGAUAGAUUUGAAAAUUCAGUAACUGUUGUUCGUGAGAUUAAUCAAAUUGUGAAUAACUUUUGGAAAGGAGACUCAAUGUCAUACUCAAGCACUCCAGCACCCACAAAAGAACUCUGGUGGUGCGAGUUUAAGGGAUUAUUUAGUUGGGACCCUUAUUUUGAGAUGGAAGUUAAAAGAAUUUUCAAAAAGAAAUGUGGUGAUCACAUUCGGCAUGUAUUAAACCAUGCCAAAAGUACUGGAAAAAAGCCUCCCUUUAUCACGACGGACAAUUGGGUUAGGAUCUGCAAUUUUUGGCAAACUGAUGAGUGCAAAGAAAGGAGUUUGCGGAAUAAAAUAAAUCAAGCUUAUAAUUCUGGAGACUCACGUGCAAUAUAUGCAGGAGGAUCUAUAAAUAUCGAGGAGCAUUCACGUAGAUUGUCUAGGGAUUUGGGAAAAGAGCCCGAUUUUAUAGACACUUUCGUCCGCACUUUUCAAAAAAAAGACAAGACUUGGAGUGGAGAUAGAGCUAGAAUAAUUAAGGAGAGAUAUGAUGAGCUAUCAUUAUCUCAAAGAAGUUCAGGUGAUGGUGAUAAUAUUGAGGGAUCUGAGCCGUCUGUUACUAAUAAUUUAGAUUUAUGGUUAGAGGCCAGUGGGGGAGUCAAAGGGGGAAGGAUAAUAGAUCUUUAUGUUCUUCUACCCGACCCGCAGUAA